UACAUCUCCCAGGGUGCAUUGCAGCGGUUAACCGGAACGACAUCCAGAGUUGAAAGUUCAACGCGCUCACAUGCGUGUUUUAGUGGUGUGGUAGCAUUGAUGAUGUUCAGUGUGCGUCCAGUUUUAAUAUGAAAAUAUUUUUAGUUGUUACUUUUACGUGUUUAUCUGUUGGCGACUUCCUCUGUUGAGCAUGUCCGUGAACGCAUCAGAGCACGAGCUGAACCAGCUGAUCUACCGCCAUUUGAAGGAGCAUGGUUUCCACUCAGCUGCAGAUGAGCUACAGAGGCACAGCCCACAGGGGGAGACAAAGACAUCUGCAUCAUUAUUGGACAUCUACGUUUCCUGGUUGAAGGACUCAAAAGUUAAAAGGAAGACAGGCUCGGCCAUCCAGUCCAGAACUCCAGCUAAAGCUACAAGAAUCCAACCUGCACCCACCUCCAAUCAGACCGAGGACGACAGCAGCUCGGAUAUCGAGGAGCUGAGUCAGAGCCUACUGCCCCAGACUCCCCCUGCCUCCAGUAAAAAGUCAGCCUCAGCGGCAGCAGUUAAACCAGUAGUAGCAGCAUCUCCAAACAAAAAGAAACUAGCGAACCCAUUCGCAGCUGUACAUGCAGCUCCAGGCGAGUCCAGUGAUACCACUGACAUAUCAGAGAAUGAAGGAAAUCCUCCAGCUGUGGUCAAAAGUCCCAAGAAGAAAAGCAGCACCUCUGAGCAGGGAGCUGCACCAACAGCAGUUGUAACAGCACCUCCUAUUGACACACCAAAGAAAAAGAAGGAUAAACCUGCAAAAAAAGCAGAGACGCCAAAAAAGAAGUCUGUGCCAGCAAAGAGAAAAGAAAGUGAAGGUAAAUCUGCAGUGAAGGUGAAGAAGACACCAACAAAAGCCAAGGUUGCAGCUGCUGGAGGAGAUGAUUCAGACUCUGACAGCAGUUUGGAUGUAGAGAAAUGGAAGAAACUGGUCCUGCAGAUGACAGAUUCUGACGUAGCCAAGAUGGACACCAUCAAUGCUCUGGACUCCUCUACACCACCACCCCUGAAAAAAAGAGUGAGGAAACCCCGGGCUAAGCCUCCCGCAAAAACAGACACUCCCGCACAACAGAGUAAGGGGACGGUGGUAAAGAAUAAAAAGGCGGAGAAGAAAACCAUCAUGGAAACACCCAAAAAGACUAGUAAAGCCAAGAAGAGCAAACUAGAAGAAACUGCACCUGUGACCUUCUCUAUCACCCAAAGCACAGCGCAAAACAAUGCUGUAGAAGACAAACUAGCAAUAUCCACUUUUUCUCCGUCAAAACAGACACCAACAAAAGAGAAAAUGAAAGUUGUGACACCCAGUAAAGAAAAAACUGAUGUGACAACGUCUGAGCCCAAGAAAAAGAAGAAGAAAAAGGAGACGACUGAAGACAAGGUGGAAGAGAAUACAAAUGAGACUGGUGAUGUUGACAAAGACAGUAAAGAGGAAAAGAAAAAAAAGACUGAAGUCAUCGAGCAGGAGUUAAAUAAACCUGCAGAGAAGAAGAAAAAGGCAAAAGGAACAAAGGGAGACAGCAAAAGGAAAGAGAUUGAACAAGAACAAAACAAAAACGGGAAUAUUGAGGAUGCAGAAAUUACAGAACCAAUAGUAACAGAAAAGAAAGCAAAGAAGAGGAAAAAGGAGAAAACUCAUGAUGGUGAAAAUUCAGAGCUGAUAGUUGAAGAAAAGAAAGCAAAGAAGAAAAAGACAACAGAUAGCGAGGAAAAAUCUGAGCAAAAUGUUGGAGAAGACAAAGAAAAUUCAGAGCAGAUAGCUGAAAACGUAAACGCAGAGCUAAUGGUGCCAGAAAAGAAAGCAAAGAAGAAGAAAAAGAAAGCUGAUAGUGUGGAAAAUUCAGAGCAGACAGCUGAAGAAGAGAAGGCAAAGAAGGAUGAGACAGCUGGUAGUGAGAAAAAAUCAGAGCAAAUAGAAGAAGGCAAAGAGAGUUCAGAGCAGAUAGUUAAAGAAAAGAAAAAGAAAAAAAAGAAGAAAGCCGAACAUAAUGAGGAGAUGUUGGAGCAGACAGUUGAAGAAACGACAUCGACAAAGAAAGCAGACAGCAGUGACAGAGAGGACAAGCCAGAGCAGAUAACUGAAGUGAAGAAGAAAAAGAAAAGGCACUCCUCAUUGAAAAAUGAUUCAGCUGACACAGAGCCACUACCUCCACCCAACGCCGAGACACCUCAAACAGAGAAGAAGAAACACAAGAGCAAGUCGAAAUCAGCUGAAAUCCCAGAAACCCCUGCACUUCCUGUCGAGGAUGCCACAGUAACACAAACACCCUCAAGUGAAACCCACAAAAAGAAAAAGAAAUCCUCCAAGGGCACCGAUUUAUGAAGACGUUUGAGUCUUCAUCGCUGCACAACCAGUGGAUGAACACAACACAUAAUGUCUUUUCCAUUUAAAAUCAUCAUUUAGUGGUUAGGAUUACUUAAAACUGUAAAGAGAAAAUUACUUUUUAAUUUUGGUACUUUAUUCCAUUAGUUUUUACGUUUUUACUCAGAGUGUGGCACACACUGCCACAGAUGUUAUUUUGCGAUUUAUGUUUUGUGUGAUAUUGCCAUUUUAAUGGCAUGAUUAUGUAAAGGGGAUUCAUACCUGAUUGUUUCCCUCCAAUGAUAGUGUUUUUGAAAAUGUUAAGUCACUGAUCUCUUUCAGACUCAGGAAUUCUUCCCAUGAUAAUCCUUAAUCUUAUUUUGUUUUCAAUAUAUGUCUUGUGGAGAGAGGAAAAAAGAAUAAAUCACAAAGAAAUUUGACCAGUUUUAUGUACAUUAAGAAAUAUAUGAGAAAUGUUAUGUUUCCUAUUUUGGUAUGUUUGUGUUAUGUUUUUUUUUAAACAAAACUUUGAUAAAGCCUUUUUCUAUGUAUUGUACAUUGUGCUUUUAAUACAAAUUAAACUUCAUAGUUUUUAUUUUAUUUUUAUUCUGUGUCUUUAACGUCUGUUUGUUUAUUGUGGACAGAGAAGAUACGGAA